CAUAGGUCGUUUCAAUGGACAGUGUCCCAUUAUGCGUGCGAGGCUCACGAAAAUACGCGACUGCGCGUAAAACUGUGCACGCGCAAGCAAUCAAAAGAGGGGAGAUAUCUUGUGCUAUCUCUUUCUCACGUUCAAAUCAAGAUCGGUGCUGUGAAUGAGAAGAUGUUUAACUUUAUGAAGAAGGCUACGGAGAAGGAUGACAAGGAGAAGAGGAAGCGGGAGAAGAAGGAACGAAAAGAUGUCAAAAAACGAGAUCGCAGUAGUAUGUCUGCCGAGGAAUUGCUACGUUUAGAUGAAGUUCGGAGGUCGUUGAAAAUUCCCGGUCGCCGGAAAGAGAAAGAGAAAUUACCAAGCGGUAUCACCGCUGAUUACAGUGCUUCGUUUUUUGCAUACUUGGAGCGCGAUUUGCUCGAGAACUCGCAGAAUUCGUCGAGUUCGGGGCAGAGUGUUCGCGCGGGGAAUAAUUGGUCUACAAGGAUGCCGGAUGGUUUGACGCAGAGCGACUCCUCGGAGACUUCAUUGACCUCUCUUACCAUUACGACCACCACGUGCUCGGCGGUAUCGACGAACGCUUCUGGACAGUCGGGUAAGAACCUACCACCGUUGCCACCGAAGCCUCCGAAACGGGGAAUCCUCAAGGGAUCGCGUUUGAGUAUUAGCAGCACAGCGAAUUCCCUGUCAGAAGAGAGUCAGUUACCGAACGGCAACGAAACGAAUUGCCAGGAGGCUAGCAAUUUACUGGUCAGGAACACAUUACAGAACGAGGUGAUCGCCUACCAGAACGUGUCCUCGCAUAUGCCAGGACUUGGGAUUGCCGUUAAUAAGGAGGAAGCUUGCAGCGAAGAAGAAAUGCAGACUGGACAGGGUUCGUGGCAGGUGUCGCCCCAGCGAGCAGCUCAACAGAGUCAACAGCAGCAGCAACACCAUCAUCAUCAUCAGGGCGACACCAAACUACUGCAGGUGAUAACGAGCGCCAGCCCCUCUGCAGACUCCUUAACAGACACCACAAAUUCAAGUUUCGCAACGCCACCGUUCAGCCUGUCGCCGAUAGGGGAAUCCCAGGGUUUGUCGAGGUGGAGAUCAUCGGCGUCCUUCGAAGAACAGGGAGUCGAUCUACAGUUACCGGAGAUCGUCCCACUGCAACUGCCCGAACCUCGCGAAUUAACGAUCCAGAGGCAACCACCGCCGCGAAACGAUUUCGGAUUCUCGUUACGUCGAGCUGUGAUCGUGGAACGAGCCGCUAACGGUGUCACGCAGAUGAGACCGGUGAUUUUUGCCGAGCCCGGCUCGUUGAUACAACACAACAACGAUACCGGUUUGUUGCCCGGCGACAGAUUGAUCGAGGUCAAUGGAAUCAUUGUCGAUGACAAGUCACGCGAGGAAAUCAUCGAUCUCAUCAAGGGCUCUGUCAACAGCGUCACCGUCAAGGUGCAACCGGUUGCGGAAUUGUCGGAAUUAUCGAGACGCUGUGAUAGUUACGGACGCCAGUUCGAGCUUACGGACGCAAAUAUUCGCGGUGGUACGCUUCGUCGAUCUGGUAGCCUACGGUUUCAUCAAAACCUCGUGAGUAUAUUUUGUAGCAUUGAUAUACGAGUCACUCGAGAAGCCAAAGUGCCAAAGAAGCCAAAAAGGAAGCCUAACUCCGUAAAAUGA